UACACGUUGCCAGCCAUGGUGUUGUAGUACGUACGUAUUAUAGUAAUAUGCUAAAUCUAAUUUAAGUUCUAUUGAAGUGAACCACCUGUCUGUUUAUUGAGGCUCUAUCCGCCUAAGCUCUCCUAACUCGUAAUUGCGCAUUACAUUAGAUCAAGGCUAGAAAAGCACGGCUCUUUAAACAAGGAAGUAGUUGCUUCCCAAAUCGAAAGCAACAAACCCAAAUUCUUGUCAAAUCCCGAAGCCAUGAAACUUGCUUUGAGAUGCCAGUGGCCGCCUUUGGGAAAUGAAUCCGUCUGGUGCUCGUGUUGGCUGAAGAUCUAAAAUGGUCAGGUUCCCUGUUUGUCCUGUUUUUAAGAUCACCGAAUGAUCAUUGUAGAUAAGGCGGAGUGUAGUGCCACUGAUCUGUGAACCUACAGAGGAGGAUGUUUUAGGAGUCUUUCUGCAGGUGUGAGUAGCAUGAUGGCAAGUACCGAGAACUACAUUUGGUAUCAUGAAGAUGUUCUCGGUCAGGGGGCAACAGCAAGUGUCUACAAGGCACGAGCCAAGAAAACCGGCGAGCUGGUUGCAGUGAAGGUUUUUAACGUGGCAAGCUACAGCCGACCGUAUGAAGUCCAGAUGAGGGAGUUCAAAAUGUUGACAAGGCUGAAUCACGUCAAUGUAAUCAAAUUCCUCAGUGUGGAGGAGUUGCAUAUGAACAGAGACCAGAAGGUUCUGGUAAUGGAGUUUUGUUCAGGAGGAUCUCUGCUUAAUCUUCUGGAAAAGCCUGAGAAUUUCUAUGGCUUGCCUGAAUCAGAAUUCCUUAUUGUGCUACGCUGUGUGGUUAACGGAAUUAACCAUUUGCGUGACCAUGGAGUGGUCCACCGUGACAUCAAACCGGGUAACCUCGUGAGGAAAGUUGGGGAGGAUGGAUGUUCCAUCUACAAGAUCACCGACUUCGGCGCUGCUCGGGAACUGGAAGACAACGAGACGUUUAUGUCCCUAUACGGCACGGAGGAAUACCUGCACCCAGACCUAUACAUGCGGGCUGUGCUGAGGAAGCCCCAGGAGAAGAGCUUCAACGUGACUGUGGACCUGUGGAGCAUCGGUGUCACCUUCUACCAAGUCGCCACCGGCACCUUGCCCUUCAUGCCAUACGGAGGCCCACGCAAAAACCAGCAAGUCAUGUAUAAGAUCAUUACUGAAAAGCCAGAGAGGGCGAUCGCAGGCGUUCAAAAAACGGAGGGUGGCCCUAUCGAGUGGAGAUACCAGCUACCUUACUACUGCCAGCUAUCACAGGGGCUGAGAGUGCAGCUCGAGCAAGUGCUGGCCAACAUCCUGGAGUCCAACCAGGAGAAGUGCUGGGGCUUUGAUCAGUUCUUCGCCGCCACCCAAGACAUUCUUCAACGCAUCAAAGUCCACGUGUUUUCCCUACAGCAGGCUACAGCCCACUGCAUCUACGUUCACAUUUACAACACGGUUUCAAUCUUCUUCGAAGAAGUCCAGGCCCAGACAGGGAUUGCACCAGAGGUCCAGCAGUACAUGUUCCAGGGUCACCCCCUGCCCCUGGACCCCAGCAAGAAAGUGGCCCACCUGCCACGCACCACCGAAGAACAGCCCAUCUUCCUGCUCAGCCGGCAGCCUGAGAAAAUGGCUGCACUGCCACCUAGGGAACCCGAAUCACCAGUCAUACCCGUGCGGUUUGAUGUCAAAGCAGACUACAUUUUCUCCAGGACUAUGGAUGGGGUGGUCCACCAGUACCUGCGGAUGGUCCACUGCCUGCACCAGCACAGGGAACUAAUUCUGCGGGGCUUCUACAGUCACAUUGAGUGUGUGCAUGUCGAGUGCAAUAACACAGCCCACAAGGUUGCCAUGGUGAACAUGAAACUCCUGUCCUGCCUGAGCAUGGAGGAGACGCUCAGAGAACAGCUUCCACGUGACUUCCCAGAUGCCUCGGACAACAUGCAGAAACUUAGCCUGAUCCAGGAGAAAAUGCCCAUGUAUGGCAGUGGUAUCCGAGAAUUCCAGGGAAAACUACAGCACUUGCACAUGGACCUGGCCAAGCAUUCCGAGACACUGGCUGAAGACAGAAGCAUACAAAAGAUGGCGUCCCUCCUGGAGAAAAUUGUGGCAGCACAUCAUCAAUUUCGGAAAGACCGGUUAAAUGAGAAGCUCGGCUAUAACGAAGAGCAGAUCCACAAGUUUGAGAAGAUCAAUUUGAUGAUCUACAUUAAAAGGGUGAAGGGUCUCUUCCGAGAGGACUGUCUGCAGAAGUACCAAAAUGUCCUGACUGCAGUACAAACCUGGAGUAGCAUGCUGCAUGACAUGCAGUCAAAGUUGGAACACUUCAGCGGUUUCUUCUUGCAGCUGAUAGCAGAACUUCAGAUGUGUGAAAGACAUCAGACCAAGGUUCUGGACAGAGUCCUAGCUCUUCAGAGGCCAGAGGCCAUGGAAGGGCAGAAGAAAAAAGACCACCUGAUUCUUCGAAUGAAGAGACUAAGAGAUGAGAUGGAGUUGGUGGCACAGGAAAUGCAGAACAACAACCGUAUAAUAGAAAGUUUUGGAGCAUUUAACGCUAGGCUGGUGAUAGACCCCGAGGUACCUCAGCCAAAAGGUCACUGAAGAGCGCCACCUAGCGCUUCCCAGGGGAAACUGCUGUGUCACAGAAUCUACUGCUGCUGAUUGAAGGGCGAGGAGCCGCAAAAAUGGAGGAGAGAGAAAAUGAUCAAGCCGACGCAAGACUUUUACUCUGUUUGCCAAAUACAAGCUUUUUUUUAAACUGUAACUGAUUUAUUGACAAUUCGCCACAGCCCACAACGGCACUUAUGCCCAGUAGCCACAUACAGACUGUAAAACACAUUGAUGGUCCUGUUGGUGUACGUCUCCUGAAUAUUGCACAACUGUGUAUCAAGCUGUUUAAAUGAAGAUCUACUCAUUCUGUCAAAUGUUUUGGCUCGAAUGCUUCUGUUGUGAUAAUUAACGAUACACAGUAUUGCCCUCUUAAUUAGAUUAUUGAUCCAAAGAAAGUCUUAUAUAGACUGG